UGCUCCCGUUAAGGGUGAAGGUAACGGAUGUUCUCUCCAAGAUCAUCUCGCCUCCGCCUGUUUAAGCCCGCGGAGGCAAGUGCCGCGAUGAUGAACGGAACGGAUUCUUCCUCAGCGACUGGAAGAGCGGAAUGACGCCUUCUGGAUUGACGCUUGCUAUUUGGUCAGAUGUUUUAUUUCUAGCAGGGUCUUCCUCGAUAGUCUUUGGUGUUUAGUCUGUCCUUAUUGUGUGAAGUCGCACAAUGGAUCUUAGUAGGUAGCCAAUAGACUAUUAGUGCUCACCUCUCACCACGACUGCACUGGACACUGCAAUUACGCGUCUUCAAUUGGAACAGAGCAUCAAUGUAAUUGAAAAAGGAAGCUUUCGACAAGGCAGAAGGAUUUCUGGACAUUUAUUAUCUCUGUAUAGACUAGAACUUGUAUUAACAGCAAUCGCAGGCAGCCGAGUUGUUAUUGAUGUGAAUUGUCACUUUUGGUUGCUGUGAGUGUAGUAGGCUAUCCCCAGGCUACAGCCUCGUGUGACAAUGCCGGUCAAUGCAAUGCCCCGCGGUGGCUCGUUGAGCCCGGCGUCUCUGUCCCGCAGUCUCUCUCGACUGCGGGGCUUCCGAACCCGGACUCGGAUCAUGUUGACCCUCGGGGUGUCCCAGAUGGUUCUGGGGAGUCUCAUCCUGUCCGUGAGCUUCGCUGCUCUGGCGCUCACUACCUCGCCACGAGUCAGGCACUCGUGUCCGUUUUGGGCAGGAUUCUCGGUGUUGUUAUCGGGGCUGAUAGGCGUGGUGUCCUGGAAGAGACCUCUUUCGCUGGUGAUCACCUUCUUCAUGCUCCUCUCAGCGGUGUGUGUGAUGCUGAACCUGGCCGGCUCCAUCUUAUCCUGCCAGAACGCCCAGCUGGUCAACUCCCUGGAAGACUGCCAGCUGCUGAAGCUGGACAGUGACGGUGUGUGUGUGUGCUGUGAGAUGCAGCUCCAGAGCUCCAGCUGCAGCAACAUGGGAGAGACUCUGAGACUGAACCCUCUGAGAGACUGCAACACCAUACGCCUCAGACUCAAGGAGCUGCUGUUUAGUGUGUGUGCGCUGAACGUCAUCUCCACCAUCGUGUGUGCCCUGGCCACCGCUAUGUGCUGCAUGCAGAUGGUUUCCACCGAUGUGCUGCAGAUGUUCAUGCCCCAUAGAGCCCGUGCACUGAGUGCUGACUGCAUGACUCCCCAUGGAACCAUCCUCCACCAGACGCUGGAUUUUGAUGAGUUCAUCGCCCCCAUCCCCCCUCCCCCCUACUACCCCCCCGAGUACACCUGCACCCCUUCCAUGGACGCACAGAGGGGGCUCCACCUGGACUUCCCCCACUCUCCCUUCAGUGCCAUCUACGGGGUGCCCAUCAACAGUCCUGGCACCCUGUACCCAUCUGAGCUGCCCCCCCCUUACGAGGCUGUGGUGGGCCACACCCCUGCCGGACAGGUCACCAGUCUAGAGCAGCAGGUAUCACAGUCCAGCCCGUGUGAGAGGAACACUACUGCAGGCCUCAGCACCCAGGCCUCAGUGGACAGUGCAUCUCUGAUGGUGUCUGAGGUAGCUGACCUCCAGGAGCACAGCUGCUCCUCAGAAGACCUCUGCUCCUUUGAGGUCCAGGGUUCUGAGUCCUCCCCCUACUGCACGCUCCACACAGCGCCCAUGGACGGCAGCGUGACCAGCCUGGAGCUCAGUACCCGCUGCUCCCUGCGCCAGUCAUGCCCACGCGCCCGCCCCAGCACUGGGGACCCCGCCCCCAGCGAGUCCCUGCCACCCUCUCCAGACUGGUCGUCUGAGAACCUGAGCACCUUGGAGCAGGAGGAGCAUGAGGAGCCCGACGCCACACAUACCAUGGAGGAGCUGGCCUCUGCCACACACACACACACCCCGCUCAGAGGGAGGGGGUGUCGGAAGUUUACCCUCUCUGUCCCUCCCCCCUCCUCCCAGGCCCCUGUAGGCUCCUCAGGGGGGGCAUCCACCCCCUCUCCCCCCGCCCGCCCCCGGGGUGCCAGGCUCUGCUUCAGUGUCUGGCCCCCCUCCUGUUCCCCCCAGCCCCCCUCUACCUCAGCCUCUGCUGAGAGGCCCCGGCUCCUCCGCGGCAACAGGAAGUACGGCAAGCUGGCCCGCAUCGUUCGCUCCACCAGCGAUCCCAUCGCCUGCAGCUCCAUAUCAGGAAGACAGAGUUGGGGCUGCGUGUCUGCACACCCUGCUGCUGAAGACUCCCCCCAGACUCCUCCGGAGCAAGUUAGUGCAGAGCAGACAGAGGUGGCAGCGUCUAAACCGUGGGGACGCAGAGGCAGGAAGCAGAAGGAACAGAAGGACGAGAGGAAAGUGGACCUUCGCCUGAAACCCCGGACACUCCGUUCUUCCUCGUCCGGCCCCAGCGAGAGGCCCCACUCCCUGGCUGACUUGAAGACCUACAAGGACACCAAGAUCCUGGUGGCCCGUUUCUUGGAGCAGUCUAGUUGCAGUCUGCCCCCGGAGGUACAGCAGGUGGUCAACACCAUCAAACACGUCAUCAAGUCUGACGAGAAGCACAUGGAGGAGGCCAUCUUCAGUGCCAACGUCAUUGACCAGGUGAUGACUCAGUGCAUCAUGAGUAGUCCCAGGAAGCGAGGUCAUGAGGAUCUGCACCUGCAGAGCUGUGGGGCCCUCAGCUCCCCCUCCUCCCUGCGCCUCCCCCCCCAGACACCACGUCCCCCCCAGGAUCCCCCCUCCUCCCCCUCUGAACAUUCCCAAAGCCCCCUGUGCAGAGAAACCAUCCUCUGACACCUCCCAUACACACACACACACACAACAAGAACUGGAACCCUCUGAUGAGGGAAGGUCUUUCCAGGCUGCUCUCUCUCUCUCUUUUUCUCUCUCUCUCAUAGUGCCCUGUGAAACCGUGCCAACCAAGACAUCAGCAGAAACGGUAGCUUCCUUUAACUCCACCCACCACCUCUUGCCGGACCUGCUGCUACCCUCCUCUUUCUCUUUCACGCGCACACAAAAACCACCAAACUAUCACACAUACAAACACACCAGAAUGUCUCCCUCAGGGGAUUUUUGUAAAAACUCUCAUUGGACUAUCAGAACAGACCUGGAGGCGUUGUGUAAAACUGUGAAGCAGGCAGACUUAAGAUACUACUGACUAGUAGUCUCUAAGAAAUGAGUGGAGUUCUAACAGAUAUGGGGUGAAUAUUUUGUGAUGGUGUUGGUCAGAGAACAA